AAUAAAAAAAUGAUAGCAACUAAAUCCAGUAUUUUACAACAUUAUUCUCUUAAUCAUUCCAAUUUUUGUCUUAUAUUUUUGUUCUUAAUUAUGUUUCAAUACACUACAAUGGCACUUUAUAUUAUUCAACCAGAAGAAUUAUUAGCGUUGAAACAACAAGCGAAUGAUGAGAGGGAUGAACUUGAACUGGCUUUAAGAUGGCGAUCACUUCAACAAGCGUUAAAAGGAAGAAUUGAUGAUUUGAUGGAUAAAGAAAGAUUACUUGCUUUGCUUGAAGAACGAAGAAAUCAAAUUACACGAAACAAAAGACAACAACCAAUAAUAUUUAUUGAACCAGAAUUUGAAGAAAACGAAAAAAAUGAAAUUGAUGAAAAUGAUCAACAAGAUGAGGAUGAUGGAGAAAAUGAUGAACCAAUGAUGCUAAUACUUGAAGAAAAGCAACAACCAGAACCACCACAAUUUUUAGAUGAUAAUCAACUAUUCUUUAUGCCAGAUUAG